AUGGACAUGUCCAAGGUGAAGUUCCUCUGGUCCUCGGAGGAAAUCAGCAACCGCGCGGAAGAGUACUGGGGCCAGGCCUUGGACAUUGCCAGCCGCACCACCCUGGCACGAGUGAAGAAAUGUUGUCAGAUCAUGGGUCGAGAUGAAGACUCCUUGACGGCAGCACAAAUCUUGUACCCCUUGAUGCAAUGCACAGACAUUUUCUUCCUGAAGGCAGACAUUUGCCAACUUGGCGUCGACCAACGCAAAGUCAAUAUGCUGGCGAGGGACUACUGCGAUGCCGCAGGGAGGAAGUUGAAGCCGGUGAUUUUGUCGCACCAUAUGUUGUAUGGUUUGAAGAAAGGUCAGGCAAAGAUGUCCAAGUCUGAUCCUGAUUCCGCCAUCUUCAUGGAAGAUGCGGUGGAGGACGUCAUUCGAAAGAUUGAGAAUUCCUACUGUCCAUCAGCCCCAGAGCAGGAUGCGUCGGAUGCCUCGUCUUCGGAGGGCAUGUCUCUGGUCCAGGACGAACUCAAGAACCCUUGUUUGGACUACAUCAAGUACACACUCUUCUCAAGAGAAGGUUAUACCUUCAAAGCAAAGGAUCGGAUCUAUGAGAACUUCGAGGACUUGAAGAAGGACUUCGUCCGAGGAGAACUCUCCGAGACUCUCUUGAAGGAGACUUUAGCCGCAGAGGUGAACGCUCUUCUGGAGCCGGUCCGAAAUCAUUUUCAGCAGGAUGAAGAAGCUCGCAAGCUCUUGGAACAGGUCGUGGACGGACAAAUUUUACCCAAAAAAUAUGGAGGUUUUGAUGGAUGA